UUUCCCCCCCAAUAUUCGAGCACUGGGAGAAACGCAAAUAUUGCAAUUUGAGUCGAUUGCUGGCAAAAGGCACGGGAGACGCGACCCAAGGAAAAAGAUUCCGAGAAUAGGGGAGAUUCCGCCGGACUUUUUGCAAUGAAAUUCAUUAAGAAGAAGAAACCGUCCGGAGACGAGGAGGAGGAAGUGGAGCCGAAGCCAAAAAAGGAGACGAAGUCAAAGAAAGAGAAAGCGAAGAAGCCAAAAGCACCAAAGGAGGCAGAGGAGCCGCCAAGCGCCGACGUCGAAGCCGCCAAACCAAAGAAAAGCAAGAAACCAAAAGAACGAAAGGAACCGAAAAAGACUCCAAGCACCAGGGGAAAAACGUCGAAAAAAAAUGAAAGCACCAAGGAAAAACCAUCCAAGGAAUCCAAAAAAGAAAAGAAGGAACGAGCUCCCACAGCACGAAUGAGCCUGGCGUUCGCGUCGGCACCCUCGGACGACGACCACCCCGCGCCUGGAGUGGGGGGCGAUCUCAUCCCGGACCAGAUCGCCGCCAUCAAACAAAUCCUGGGAAUCCGAACGCCGGCGCAGCUCGAAAAAUUCAAGGCACUGUUCACACCGGAAGAAAUCGCGAGGGUCAAGGAAGGUCUGAGUGAUCCGAAUAAACGCAAAAAGUUGAAGGCUAACAAGUCGGGGUCGGAUCCCAACGUAGGAUUUGCAAAGUACAACGGAGGACCCCAGGCCUUUGGUGGAUUGGACCCCUCAAAAUGGAGACUCCAGAGAUAUCGAUUUAACGGCAAAUCCAAGUGCGAGGUGACUGGUGAACUCGAGGAGGUUCACGCCCCCGUAAAGGACGGCAUCAUUCACUUUUUGACCUCCCCAAUCCAAUACCUUGCGAUGAUGUUUCAGUCGAACAUCAUGAAAUUCGAUCCGUCGCGACAAAAGUAUACCCUGCUCCACAGGUCGGGCACGUACCAGUAUCGUCCGCAGGAUACCACGGACCCCGAUGGACCAGAACCUAAGGGAGCAUAUACGUUGCUCUUGUGGACGUACGUGCAGCUGCCGCCGUUUCCAAACGACGUGUUGCCGAUGAAGUUUCGCGACAAGUACACCGACGACAUGACGUACCAGGGGCAGCAGCUCCACUCAGACGACAGCCUUCCCAUCAUGCCGGGCCGCGGGAUGGGGAUUGGCGAUGCGCCAAACCUGUGCGUCAUUCGUGACGUCGAUCCGACCGACGUUUACMAGGGCACCGUUGCCGAUUGCUGGUUGCUGGGUGCCAUCUCCAGCCUGGCCGAGUUUGAUGGUGCCAUCAAGUAUUUAUUUCGCAAGACAAAACUCUUGCACAAGCGCCCCCUCCCCGGUCCAAACAUGUACACGAUUACGCUCACCGAUCUCUCUACGUGGAAACCGGUGAGCUACGAAAUCGACGAACGACUGCCAGUGAAGGGCGACAAAUCGGGCAAAUUGCUAGCGUGUCGUCUGAGUGGUUAUGGGGAAUUGUGGCCAGCUUUGCUGGAAAAAGCAAUGGCAAUUCACUGUGGAGGGUGGGAUGCAAUAUAUGGUACGUUUAUUCACAAUGAAUUAUAACAAAGUAUUUGGAUGAUUCGGCAGAUUCAGAAUCUAUAGUAUAUCUUGAUCACAUAGUCAAAGAUCAAACCAACCGAGACAAACAGUUUUUGUUUCGGUUUUUCGAUAUAUAGUUUGCUAACAUUAUCUUUCCAACCAAACCUGUACUCGAAGGUGGCUGUUGUACCCAUGCGUGGUCCAUCCUGACCGGAUGCAGGGAAUGUUAUGAGAUAACACGCAACCCAAAAAACGGCAAGUUUUUUUGUCUGACAAAGUUCAACCCUUCCACACGCAAAUGGGAAAAGCACUACAACAAUCCAAAAGAAGAUCCUGGGCACAACCUCUGGAAAUCUGAUUGGCCUGAGGUUGGCGGCGGUGGAUCGGGUAAGUAAUGGACUAUACUUCGUGCUGCUUGCGAAUCAUACUUGUGA